ACUUACAGCUUGCUUUUCCAUUACGCCGAAUUAGGUCCAGCUUCCACUGCUUCAGACACUUCAACUUAAAGAAUUCCUAGUGUAUUUCCACAAGCAAGUUUUAAAAAAUGGAUAAGAUACCAGAAGAACAACUCCAAGAGUUGAGGGAAGCCUUUAUUAUGUUCGAUCAAGAUGGCAGCGGGUUUAUCUGCAGUAAGGAAUUAAACUCGAUCAUGAGGGCGUUAGGCAUGAACCCAACAGAAGACGAACUACAAGAUAUGAUCAACGAGGUUGACUUUGACGGAAAUGGAGUUCUGGAUUUUCCCGAAUUUGUUCAACUUAUGCAAGACCAAAAAAAGCCAGACGAGGAAGAAGAAGAACUCGUGAAUGCUUUCCAUGUAUUUGAUGCCGAUGGCAAAGGUUAUAUUGAGGCUUCUGAGCUUCGAGAACUGCUCAAAAACAUGGAUGACAAAAUCACAGAAAAAGAAUUACGCGACCUCUUGCGGUUUACACAUCUUGACGAAGACAGAAAAAUCUCAUUUUUGGAAUUCGCAAACCUGAUUGAUCCAUUUAGAGAGGAAAAAACGAUGGAAACGGAGUGAAAAUCGACGUACGUGUGGCCGCCACCUUGGUUUCUGAAAACCGGUCGUCAAGAAUGGUUUCUUCGCAAUUAAUAGUAAUAAUAAAAUAGAGAUUAGUAUUGUCA